AUCUGCAUCACCAUGUCGGCCGACACAACGCCGAAGCCCUAUCCUGAGCUUGCUCCAUACGACGAUGCGUAUGGCUUCUCCCGCGAAUCCUUUGACCCGUCGGCGCUACCAAACAUCGACUACGAAUACCUCGAUUCUGAAGAUUUGGCUGCGUUUGAGACGGCAUUGCAAGCGCCUGAUCCCUUACAAAGCCCCAUCGAUGAUACCUUUAGCCUGAGGUCACCGAGAAGCGUCAGUUCUGUCAACUUGACUAAGAGAGAUUCGACAACUGGCAGCGUCUUGGAAGACGAUGUCGCCGCUGUCGCAGCAGCGGCCGGGGCUGCUGGGGGCGAUCUACUCGUGCCUCCGACUCCGACACUGGGAACCUUUGUCACGGCGCAAAACGACUGGGCACCGGUGAACCCCAGCAAGCACCGCAGAGGCAGCAGACGAGGAAGCAAAAAGAAGAGAAAGGGUGCAGGGGCAGUAGAAGGGCUUCUGGGCACCCGAACAAAGGAUGAAACGAGAGAAGGAUAUCUGUACCUCCUGUCCAAAUGGCCUUUGUUAUUCUUCGUGUUCUCAUGGCUCAUCGGUUUGAGCAUCGCAUAUCUAUCUACGAGAUGGUACAUUUGGUUUUACGAACAAUUCUGGACGUGGCGCGGCCGACGUGAGAUUCUGCGCAAGAACAUGCGCAGGACAUCCAGCUAUAAAGGCUGGGUCUCUGCGGCGAAAGAGUUGGAUGAAUUCUUGGGUCGAAAGAAUUGGAGGGAAGUUGAUGACUUUGCUUACUACGACUCCAAAACUGUAAAGCGAGUUUGGAGUCAAAUUCGCAAGACGCGGGCCAAGGCCGAGGCGCUCGAAAUCGAUGGCGACCAGCAGGAACUGAAAAAGGCUGUUGAUGAUUUGAGGGCACUACUGGAGGCCUGCGUCAAGAAUAACUUUGUUGGCGUGGAAAAUCCAAGGCUAUACAGCCAAACAUAUUAUGGGACCAAGAAUCUGGUCCAGAACUUUGUUGACGAUGUCGAGAAGAGCCUCCGAUUUCUACUCAACACGGAUCACCUCGACGCCGAUGAAAAAAGAAUACUGUUCAAGCACGUACAUGCCAACUACGGACGAACGGCGCUUUGCCUGUCUGGCGGGGCUACAUUCGCCUAUUAUCAUAUUGGAGUUGUAAAGGCGAUGCUUGAUGCCGAUUUAUUGCCCGAUGUCAUUACGGGAACCAGCGGAGGUGCACUUAUUGCCGGCCUCGUUGCCACACAUACAAACGAUGAACUGAAGGAGCUUCUGAUACCAGCGCUUGCGCAUCGAAUCACUGCCUGCGGUGAAUCCAUGAAGACUUGGUUCCCCAGGUGGUGGAAGACUGGCGCCCGCUUUGACUCGGUAGACUGGGCUGAGCGGUGCUCAUGGUUUACAAGGGGCUCAAUGACAUUUAGGGAGGCAUAUGAGCGAACUGGCCGCAUCCUCAACGUGAGCUGCGUUCCGGCAGACCCUCAUUCCCCGGCCAUUCUCUGCAACUAUUUAACCAGCCCCGACUGUGUCAUUUGGUCCGCUGUGCUUGCAUCGGCGGCCGUUCCGGGAAUCCUAAACCCAGUUGUCCUCAUGAUGAAGAUGCGAGAUGGGACCCUGGCACCAUACUCCUUUGGCCACAAGUGGAAGGAUGGCAGCUUGAGAACCGAUAUCCCCAUCAAGGCGCUGAACACCCACUUCAACGUCAAUUUUACCGUUGUGAGCCAAGUUAACCCUCACAUUAACCUCUUCUUCUUUUCUUCAAGAGGUACCGUUGGCCAUCCCGUCACACAUCGCAAAGGGCGUGGCUGGCGUGGUGGCUACCUCAUGUCGGCGAUAGAGCAUUAUCUCAAACUCGACAUGAACAAAUGGCUCAAGUUUAUCCGACACGCGGAGCUACUCCCUCGUCCUCUAGGCCAAGAUUGGAGCCAGCUCUGGCUGCAGGAAUUCGGUGGCACCAUUACCAUCUGGCCCAAGUCCAUCCCUUCAGACUACUGGCACAUCUUGACGGAUCCCGAUGCGGAGCGACUCGCCCGGAUGAUACAUGAGGGACAGCAGAGUACAUUUCCCAAGCUCAAGUUCAUAUCCAACCGUCUCAAGAUAGAGAGACUGAUAGAGCAAGGGAGGAGAGAAACCAGGCCAUGGGCGAGAAGAGGAAGCAUGCAGAGAAUUUACAGCGAUGACGAUUUGAGAAGCAUUUUGCUUGAAGAGAUGGCAGUGACGUCUUCGACAACGGAAGACGACUCGGAGCAAGAUGGCGAGAUGAACAGCGAAAUUACGCCGUCUCAAGAUUGCGAUGAGAGGGACGAGAUUAGCACUUGAGGAGAUACAGGAUAGAAGCGAAGCGGAUUAAAGCAUGGUAGAAUUUGGUAUUUUUUUCAUUACAGCAGCUGUACAGUACAAUCAGUAUAAGACGAGUAGCAUUCUAUGUAAGCAAUGAUGACACAUUUUGUCUCACUGG